AUGGCCGGCGUCGAGUGCGGCGGUGGGGACUGGCCCUUCUCCGCCGAGGAAGCGUACGCCGAUUCCUCAGCGCUGUUGGCGGAGAUCGGCUGGGCGGCCGGUUUUGUCGACGAUGGCUGCGCUGGGGAGCUGCUUCCGCCGCUGGAUCCGCAUCCGGCCACACCAGCGGGGUCCAUGGAAGGGGCCGGCGCCUCGUCGAGCUCCACCGAUGACGGUGCCACGCGGGAGGCUGCGGACGCCGACGGCAGGCCGGCCGCCGCGACAGAGGCAGCGAGCAAGACGGCGCCGGCGCCGGCCCCAGGGAAGACGAUGAAAAAACAGAAGCGGGCGCGGCAGCCACGGUUUGCGUUCAUGACCAAGACGGAGAUUGACCACCUCGAGGACGGAUACCGCUGGAGGAAGUACGGACAGAAGGCCGUCAAGAACAGCCCUUUCCCAAGGAGCUACUACCGGUGCACCAACAACAAGUGCACGGUGAAGAAGCGCGUGGAGCGCUCCUCCGAGGACCCCUCCGUCGUCAUCACCACCUACGAGGGCCAGCACUGCCACCACACCGUCACCUUCCCCCGCGGCGCCGGCGCCGCCACCCUCGCCAGCCAGAUGGCCUUCUCGGCACACCACCACCACCUCAUGUACAACGACUUGCCGGCACUGCACUCGCCGACCACUCAAAACCCCCUCUUCAGCGUGCCGGCGAUGUCGUCGUCGCUGCUCCAGCCGCUACACUGCAACCGACAGGAGCUGCAAGUUGCGAGCUACACAACCCAGGCAUCGUCCAUCUCGUCGCCGGGGAGUGUUCCCGCCGUCGACAAGGGGCUUCUCGAUGACAUGGUGCCUCCAGCGAUGAGGCACGGAUAGAUCGACGGUGUCGACCGCCAGUCGCUAGCUUAAUUAAUUAUUAGGUACUUAAUUACUUGGAUGCGUGGAUGGACCACUGAAUUUAAUUGGGCAGAGAGAAGAAUAGGGUAAUUAUGGUGGCACAUAGGUAUAUAUUUUACGAUGUGGUUAAUUAUUUCUUGGAGCGUUGCUACA